AUGGUGCGCAAAGGUGAUGAAGAAUAUAAUUCAAAACCAAGAAGCAGCAGUAAUAGUAGUAGUAGUGGUAGUAGUAGUAGUACAAGGCAUGCAUGUGCGGCGUGCAGACACCAAAGGAGGAAGUGCAAACCGGACUGCGUGAUGGCUCCGUUUUUCCCGGCUGACAAAAUGGAGGAAUUUCUAGACGUGCAUAAGAUAUUCGGAGUCAGCAACAUCGUCAAGUGUCUGAAAAGUAUCCAAACCGAAGAGAUUAGAAAACUUGCUGCUGACUCUUUCAAAUGGGAAGCUUCGGUUUGGAAACAAGAUCCGAUUAAUGGGCCUCUUGGAGUCUAUAACCAACUCAAAUCCAAGCUUCAACACUGCAGAUCAGGAGCCUGCUGCUGCACAUGUACAUGUAACCCAAUCCAACAACAACAACCGCCUUCCAACCAUAUUAUGUAUAAUAAUGGACCUCCUCAUCACAGCACCAGCAGCAGCAGCAGCAGCAAUAUUGUUAAUGGUUAUCAUCAGCAGCAUCAUCAUAAUUUUUCCAUGCCAAUGCAAACAAAUAACGGAUAUGAUGCUCCUCCUCGGCCAGCUGUGCUAUAUUCACAUCCAAUUUAUCACCAUCAUCAGCAGCAAAGUGUACGACAUUUGUCACUCCCUGCUGGAUGUACUACUGGUGGUGGUGGUGCUAUUACUCAACGACUAGUGGUAGAAAGAAGCAGCUCAGGUGCAAUGGAGUAUCAAACGUUUAACAACAACAAUUUUUUUCAUGGAACAAGCAGUACCAGCAAUAGCAUUAGUGGCAAUAUUGGCGCUCCAAUAUCCCAGCUUAUGAGACAACCAAAAAUCAACAAUCCCCCUCCUCCUCCACCACCACAUCAAUUUCAUCCUCUUCCACAAUGA